AUGGACAUUCUCUCCGAAGCUAGCAUGCCCGCCAUGGCUAUGGCGUCGGCACUGGCGGUGGGCGCAGGCGCAUACCUGAAUGCCAAACUGGCGAUCUCAACAGAUCUUACAGCUCUUUCCAAUGACCGCGCCUUUGGCAAGCGCUUGGCCGAGCGGAUCGGCAAUCUCGGCGAGUCGACCACUAUCUACAAACUUCUGGAACGAGUUGUCGAGGUGGAGGGCCAUGGUGCGGAUGAUGCGCUGUGGUUUGAACAUAAGACUUGGUCAUAUAGCCAAAUCAAGGAUGCGGUUGAUCGAUUUGCUGCACUGCUUCACGCUCGAGAUGUCAAGGCCGGGGAUUUUGUGGCUGUUUUCACCACUAAUUCCCCCGAAAUGGUGAUUACCCUUUACGCGCUGGCCAAGUUGGGUGCAGUGGCCUCCAUGAUCAACACUAAUUUACGGGAUGAUACUUUUAUUCACUGCCUCAAUGUGUCGGGCUCAAAAUCCAUCAUUUCAACACCUGAUCUGUCCCAAUUCGUUUGCGUUGAUCUACCACAUCUCGCUUUUAACCUGACGUCUUUCGAGGGCGUCUCGACAGGACCAGUCGAACUCAUCACAGCGUCCGACCUGCAACAUUACUCUCCGUCGGGAUUGGCGCCUGCCAAGCGCACACCCAAAGAUUUGACUGCUCUGAUCUACACUUCCGGAACAACUGGAAAGCCCAAAGCCUGCGCCGUGCGAAACAUGUUGGCCCUGAUCACCUCUACCCCCCUCUCGAUAGACGCGAAGAACCCAUCCAAGUACUACCCCCUCCGCACAUAUUCCUCUCUGCCACUCUUCCACGGUACGGCCUUCUUCACCGGAAUGUGCUAUUCAGUUGGUAACGCCGGUACGCUCUGCCUGAGACGCAAGUUCUCCGCCUCUCAGUUCUGGAAGGACGUCCAUGAUUCAAAAGCCACGCGCAUUUUGUACAUUGGCGAGUUGUGCCGCUACCUGCUCUCUACGCCUCCGUCUCCUUACGACCGCAACCACAACUGCAUCGCAGCGGCGGGCAACGGACUCCGCGGCGAGAUCUGGGAGAAGUUCCGCGAGCGAUUCGGUGUUCCCGAAGUGCGUGAAUUCUACCGUUCCACGGAAGGUAUCGCCAAAUUCGAUAACCACGGUGUUGGAGCUUGGGGAGCCGGUAAGGUCGGCUUCUCGGGUCCAAUUCGUCGCUUCCUCGAGGACGACACUUUUAUCGUCAAGUAUGAUACGGACACUGAAAUGCCCUUCCGUGACCCCGUGACUGGAUUCUGCGUUCGCGCUCGGUUAGGCGAGGAGGGCGAGGCGAUUGGUCGUGUUCGGGAUCGUGGCCUGUUGAUUGAGUAUCUGCACAAUGAGGAUGCUACGGAGAGCAAGUUGCUGCGUGAUGUUUUCCAAAAGGGGGAUCUCUUCCAGCGUACGGGUGAUUUGGUUGUGCAGGACCACUCGGGCUGGGUGAAGUUCCAAGACCGCGUUGGCGAUACGUUCCGCUGGAAGGGUGAGAACGUAAGUGCGGGUGAGAUUCGGGAUCAUAUUUGUCGCAUUGAGGGUAUUCAUGAUGCUGUGGUGUAUGGUGUGAAGCUUGCUGGGUACGACGGCCAAGCUGGUGCAGCUGGAAUCACUCUGGAAGAGCAUUCCCCAGCCUUUGAGAUCCAGUUCAUUUCGGACUUGUACAAGGAGCUGAAGAAGAGAGGUGUGCCAUCUUACGCACUGCCUCGCCUAGUUCGGAUCACCGAGAAGGUGGCCACUGGUGUGACAUUCAAACAAGCAAAGGGUGAUCUUGUGAAGAAGGGCUGGGAUCCCCGCAAGGACUGCGGUGGAGAUACCUUGUACUGGCUGAACGGGACCAAGUACGAGAAACUGACUGACCAAAGUUGGUCUCAGAUAGAGGUCGGCAAGGCCAAACUGUGA